GAGGGCUUUAUAAAGAUAUGUUCUGUUGUGUCUAUUGCCUGAUUGGGUGUAAAGUUUGUGAGCAGAUAAACUUGUUAGAAGGUCCAGUUCAAACUUUGGCACGGACAGCUGGGAAACAACUGAAAAUUAGUUCAAUUAAAGAAAAGUUCAAUAGAAACAUCAGAUACAUGAUCGACUUGAGGACGACAAUAUUUUAUUUAAAAAAAAACUAAAAUCAAGCGAGGGGCCCAAGUCAGUCCAGUGAUUCACGUCGUCCACGUCACGUUACCUUCUGUCCAGCAUGUAUUUGACAGCCGUGACUCUGUCCGUCCUUCUGACCUGUUGUUUGAUGGCUGCCACGUUACCUCAGGCCUCAGUCAGCCAACCGUUGAACCAGCUGGAGGCCCAACAGACCGUGACGAGUCCACGGGCCAGUGAGAUGCUGCUGAUAGCGCUCUGCUGGGACGGUCAGGGCUUUACUGACGAGUGCCAGAAACACAAAGUAUUGAUUCGACAACUACUUUAUAAACUUUUGUACAGCCUCAAGAAGGAGACACGGGUCAGUGAAUCAGAUACUUUUGUUGAUGAAGAGGAUGGCAGAAUUCCAAUGAAGAGGCGGCGUGAAGAUAACUCUGGUUUCUAUAGCAACUGGUGAUCUAUUCCUGCUCUAUCUACCCUUCUAAUGUACCUAAAAACUAGAGGAAUUCAACUUAUGAGGAAAAUUACAGAUACAGAAUAGUGUUUAACACGUCAAACAAGUUUGAAAAAAAAAGGUUUAUUUAAUAUUUUAUAAGAAAAUUUAUAAUUUUAUCAAUUGUUCCCAAUAAAACAACUGAAACUUAUGAUCGCAAUGAUGGCACAAAUAAAACUUCAUUUGAAAUCUUA